AUGUCCGACAUUACCCUGGAACAGAAGUGCAAGCUCGCAUCCACUCUCGUCGAGCAGACGCCCCCAGGAGAGAUCAAUGAUGUGAUCAAUGAUAUCCGAGCCAUCAUUGCCGACGACGAGGCCCUUAUGCCGCAUGUCCUUCCUGCUUUGAGGGCAUACAACCUCAAGCAGCUCCAUGUUGUUGAGCACCCAGAGGAAGAAGGGUCGCCUGCUCAUACUUCACUGUUGUCGGAGGCAUCUAUCGUCCCCGGCGCUGAGACCGAGCGAUAUAUCGACGCUGCUGGCAAGAGGAGCUUUGCAUUCGAUCAUCUUACAUUUACUGUGUCAGACUAUCAGCCGUAUCAGCUUCCAGACGACGAAGAGCAGUUCCGCGCCGAGCUGGCCGAAUCACUUACAUCUUAUACCAAGAACCACUUCCCCUCCGGCUACGCCUCCGUCUCUUGCUCUCAAUUCCCCCUCAACCCGGAGUCCCAACCAUCAGAGCCUUCACCAGCCGCUGCUGUCCCCGUCGAAUCGCCCAAGGAGUCUAGCGAGCCAGUCGCCAAAGCCACUGAGACUUCUGAGAUUCCUGAAGCUACACCACCUGCCGAGGAAGCCAGUGCCAGCGUCCCUCCAGUGACCGACGUCGUCCCAGAACAAAUCAACGCCGGUGACUUGGAGCCUGCUCCCACACCCGCUGUCGGCGACGUGGCUGAUGUAAGGAAGGAAGAGCUUGUAGAGCCGGAAAACUUGGAGAAGCUUGAUGAGAUUGUCGAGGAGGAGAAGGAGAAGGAGGAAGGUCUUGGAGAAGCUGGAGAGUCGGCCGAGGAAAGACCAAAGGUGGAGGGAGAUGAGGUCCCUGCUGCCGAGGAGGCGAGUCCUGUGGUUGAGGAAGAAGUUCCCGCUGUGGCCGAGGAGGGUGAUGUGGCCCCAGAGGAGACGCCGGUCAAAGACGUCGAGGAGAAGCUCGGCUCGUUGAGCGUUGAGGAGAAGAAGCAGGAGCGCGUUGAGAACCCGGUGUACACCCUGGAAGUGGUCGGCAACCGAUACAACCCUAGCAACUUCUGGACUGGGCGCUGGAGAACACGCUGGACUGUAGACCAAGCUGCUGGCCAAGUCAACGGAGUUAUCAGCGUUGAUGUCCAUUACUACGAACAAGGCAAUGUCCAGCUCGCGACCAACCACACCGCCUCUUUCCCUUACCCCGCCGAGCCCAAGGGGACUCAGUCGGUGGCUUCGCAGAUUGUGACAAGCAUAAGCAAGAUCGAGACGCUCUAUCAUUUGGAGCUCAAUGAUGUUUAUGCCGAGCUGGGUGACAAGGCCUUCAGAGCGUUGAGAAGGGCUCUCCCGGUGACUAGGCAGAAGAUGGACUGGGACAAGGUGACGAGCUACACACUCGGUGCCGACCUGACCAAGGCCCGGGGAUAA